GACACAGUUUCACUCAUAGGACACCAUGAAGCUGUGGAUUUAUCUUCUUUAUCCAUCUCUUCUUGCUUGUCUGUCUCUACAGUCCCAAUCACCAAUGCCCACAGUCAGGGGCUCUUGUGACACUCUUUGCAAUUGUGAAGAGAAGGAUGGCAUUAUGCUAAUAAAUUGUGAAGAAAAAGGCAUCACUAAAUUAUCCCAAAUAACUGUGCCACCAUCACGACCUUUCCACUUAAUUUUAUUAAAUAAUGGCUUGACAAUGCUUCACACAAAUGACUUUUCUGGGCUUACUAAUGCGCUUUCCAUACACCUUGGAUUUAACAACAUUGCAGAUAUUGAGACUGGUGCAUUCAAUGGCCUUGGGCUUCUUAAACAACUUCACAUCAAUCACAAUUCUUUGGAAAUUCUUAAAGAGGAUACCUUCCAUGGUUUGGAAAACCUGGAAUUUUUGCAAGCUGAUAAUAAUUUUAUUACAGUAAUUGAACCAAGUGCCUUCAGCAAGCUCAACAGGCUGAAAGUGUUAAUUUUAAAUGACAACGCUAUUGAAAGUCUUCCUCCAAACAUAUUUCGAUUUGUCCCUUUAACCCAUCUAGAUCUUCGUGGAAAUCAGUUGCAAACAUUACCUUAUGUUGGUUUUUUAGAACACAUUGGCCGGAUACUGGAUCUGCAGUUGGAGGACAAUAAAUGGGCCUGCAAUUGUGAAUUAUUGCAGCUAAAGAAUUGGUUAGAAAACAUGCCUCCACAGUCUAUAAUUGGGGACAUUGUGUGCAACAGUCCUCCUCUUUUCAAAGGGAGUAUACUGAGUCGCCUGAAAAAGGAAUCUAUUUGUCCUAGUCCACCACUCUAUGAAGAACAUGAGGACCCAUCAGGAUCUUUGCUUGCCAUAACAUCUUCAGCAGGUGACAGCCGCCUAUCAACCAAGAAUACAUCUGUUUUAAAACAACCUACCAAAGCACCGGGUUUGAUACCUUACUUUACAAAGCCAUCUACUCAGCUUCCAGUACCUUACUGUCCGAUGCCUUGUAACUGCAAAGUCCUCAGCCCAUCAGGACUUCUAAUCCACUGUCAGGAGCGCAAUAUUGAGAGCCUGUCAGAUUUACAACCUCCUCCACACAAUCCCAGGAAGCUGAUUCUUGCAGGCAAUAUUAUUCAUACCUUAAUGAAGUCUGACUUGGUGGAGUAUUUCACCUUGGAAAUGCUUCACCUGGGAAACAACCGUAUUGAAGUUCUUGAAGAAGGAUCGUUUAUGAAUCUAACAAGACUACAGAAGCUCUAUCUCAAUGGCAAUCAUCUUACCAAACUAAAUAAAGGCAUGUUUCUUGGUCUUCACAGCCUCGAAUAUUUGUAUCUUGAAUACAAUGCAGUAAAGGAAAUAUUACCUGGGACCUUCAACCCAAUGCCUAAACUGAAAGUUCUUUAUUUAAAUAACAACCUCCUCCAAGUUUUACCACCACAUAUAUUUUUAGGUGUUCCUCUAACUAGAGUAAAUCUUAAAACAAACCAAUUCACCCAUUUACCUGUAAGUAACAUCUUAGAUGAUCUUGAUUUGUUGACCCAGAUUGAUCUUGAGGAUAACCCCUGGGACUGCUCCUGUGACUUGGUUGGAUUGCAGCAGUGGAUACACAAGCUUGGCAAGAAUACAAUAACAGAUGACAUCCUCUGCACCUCCCCAGGGCAUCUUGACAAAAAGGAACUAAAAGCCCUCAACAGUGAACUUCUUUGCCCUGGUUUAGUGAAUAACCCUUCACUGCCAACUCAGACUAGUUACAUUAUUGUCACUUCUCCCACAAUGGCAACUGAUACAGCUGGGACUAUUUUAAGUUCUCUCACUGAUGCUGUUCCCCUAUCGGUUCUAAUAUUAGGACUUUUGAUUGUGUUCAUAACUAUUGUAUUCUGUGCUGCAGGAAUAGUGGUUCUUGUCCUCCACCGUAGGAGAAGAUAUAAAAAGAAAAAGGUGGAUGAGCAAAUGCGAGACAACAGUCCUGUACACUUGCAGUACAGCAUGUAUGGUCACAAAACAACCCAUCACACAACAGAAAGACCGUCUUCCACUCUCUAUGAGCAGCACAUGGUGAGCCCCAUGGUUCACGUCUACAGAAGUCCAUCUUUUGGUCCAAAGCAUUUGGAAGAAAUUGAAGAAAGGAACGAUAAAGAAGGAAAUGAUGCAAAACAUCUUCAGAGAAGCCUGUUAGAACGGGAAAAUCAUUCACCACUUACAGGUUCAAAUAUGAAAUACAAAACUACAGACCAACCAACAGACUUCCUAUCCUUUCAGGAUGCAAGCUCAUUAUACAGGAACAUUUUGGAGAAAGAAAGAGAACUUCAGCAACUGGGCAUCACAGAGUACCUAAGAAAAAACAUUGCUCAACUCCAACCAGAUGUGGAGGUUAACUACCCUGGAGCACAUGAGGAGCUGAAAUUAAUGGAAACAUUGAUGUACUCACGACCAAGGAAGGUAUUGGUGGAGCAGACUAAAAAUGAAUAUUUUGAACUCAAAGCUAACUUGCAUGCUGAACCUGACUAUUUAGAAGUCUUGGAGCAGCAAACAUAGAGGGGCUGUUUGUAGUCAUUGGCAGAAAUACUGUGAUGCUGACUUAUGUCCAAACCUUGGAAAUAAGUGCCUUACAUGGUUGUCAUCAAUCAAAAUUCAGCACAGCAGUAAUACUAUGGGAGAUAAAAGAGAAGGUGAAACUCAGGGAUUGUUGAGGAGCCAUGGCGUUAUCUUCGGGCAAUUAAGCCUGUUUCAGAUAAAACAAGCCCUUGCACAUAACUGACGCAAGGACUAUACUAGCAUUUCUCUAUAUAUUUCAAAGUAUUUCAUAGAAUUCCUCUUGCACACCAAAAGGGUUGAAUAUCUAAAUAGCUCCCGUUUUCUUGAAUACUUUAACCAUGGCUGAAUAAAAUUAGAUUUCAUCAGUUAAGAAUAUACCUGUAUAAUAUAUAUGUAUAUAGUAUGUAAGGGAUAUAGUCACAAUCAACGUAUAUGUCAGAAAUUUUCAUUGUCACUAAAUUUUUCACAAUAAAACAAAAAGUAAUGGAAUUUAAAUUUUAAAAAGGCAACGGUAAAUAAAAAUGUAAAUUUUGUAAUUAUAUGGGCCAUUAGUGAUUCAGCAUUCUCAACAAAGAAUAAA